CGUGAUCCCUGGUAUGGUAAGAGGAAUGAGGGGUACACAGAGCCCCUGGUGUGAGAAGAGGAUUUAGAGGGGAGGUUUCAGGAGUUGCUGAAAUACAGAGAGGAGGGUGGCUCCCAGGAAUCUUGUAAAGUGGAAUGUAAAGAUGCGAGGUGUCCCUGGUGUGUAUAAUGCACUCAGCUACAGAAGCAACGAAGUGUGUGACUCUCUCAUUGAUUUUGCUGUGUGUGUGGGAAGAGAAACUGAAGCAAUGUGUGUGAAGUACAGUAUUAGAGCUGCCAUUGAAGAUCGAAUUUUUUUUUUUAAUUUUCUCCUAAAAAUGCUAACCUUUUACUUAGAUGUGACCAUUCUCACGAACCGUUUGCACUUCCUCCUUGUGGUUUCCUCUUUCUUCAACUCAAAAGCUUAGAACUUGAGUUUCUCUUUUAAAACGGAGCAGAGAAAGACAGGAGUUACUAUUCAUCUUAUUUGAAAGUGCUCUUGGUGCUUUGAAAAGCCUUUAAUCUGACAUAAUUGAUGGCUGAAAUCUGGAAUUAGUCUAGUCAAAGGUCAGAGACUUAAUGAAAGCGGAGGAGGAUUGUUUUCCUUUAAUUUUUUCGUUGUUAAAGACAACAUCUGACAUGAGUUCACCUACUUUCUGCAUUUCUAAUGUUUGCAAUCCACAAAGGUCUAGAUUCUCAAAAGGAUAUCAAAGCAUCCUGUUGUAUCAUUAUAAACCUUUGGGAUUUGUUGAUCAUUAUUGUCAAUGUUGCUGUAUAUUUUGGUACUGGAUGAACUGCUAUGGCAGGAAGUUAAGGCGGACAGGACCUGAACAGCUGAACAGUAAAAAUGACUUGGUUUCUCCACCCCAGCGUUCCAGGGUGAACGGCUGGUCUUUACCACUCCACACCUUUCAGUUUGUUGCUCUGCUGUUUUACACAUACCUAGCCAUUGUAGGAUUUGGGAUCUACAUACCUUUGCUUCCCCAUGGAUGGAAGUAUGCUGCCUAUGCUGUGAUCGGUAUCCUUUUUGCGCAUCACUUAGUUGCUCACCUUGUUGCUAUCACCAUUGACCCAGCAGAUCAAAAUGUGCUGGCCAAGAAAAACUACAGCAGCCCCAUGCCAGUCUUUGACAGAGGCAAGCACAAGCACGUCAUUCAGAACCAGCACUGUUAUCUCUGUGAAGUUGACGUAGGGCCAAAAGCCAAACACUGUAGUGCCUGUAAUAAGUGCAUUGCGGACUUCGAUCACCACUGUAAGUGGCUCAAUAACUGUGUGGGAGGCAGAAAUUACUGGUUUUUCUUCAAUGCUGUUGCCUCUGCUGUUCUUGGUGUCUUCCUCCUGAUACUGGUGAUCCUUUAUGUCUUCAUCCAGUACUUUGUGAAUCCAGCACAACUACGCACAGCACCUCAGUUUGAAAGAGGCAUUGGAAACAACACGUGGUUGGCCUUUCUUCCUGUUGCUCCUGCGGAGACUACAGCAGCUGGAAUCCUAAUUACAGCGGUGAUCACUGUGCUCUUGGGAAUUGCAUCGCUCCUGCUACUGGGACACUUGUUGAUAUUUCAUCUUUACCUCUUGGGUAAGAAGCUGAGUACUUUUGACUAUAUGACAGAGCAGCGACGCACACAGAAUACCAGGGACCCAGAAAGUGAUGUGGAAGUAACAGAAAAUACAUCUGUCAGAAUGGAUCCCCUACAGGAUUUGUCUUUAUCAAGUCAACAAAAGGAGUGUGAGAUUUCAGUUUCAUCUCGAUCUGGUGCUCUACGGUAUCAGGAAACUGGACAGCUCUCCAUUAAAUACCCAAGCGUCAUAUGUACUGAAGCAUCUGAUAUUGCUUUCUUUACCAGUUUGUCUCCUAGUCCAGAGACUGUGCCAAAAAGUACUAAAGAAACUCUGUGUGAGAAUAUUCCUCAGAACAAGGAAAUAAGUGAUACUGAAAUGGCAGACUUUGGAGACUUACAGUCUAACUGCAACCAGUCAUUAGAGGAAUCUCACUGGGGAAGUCUUGGCUCCAUGAAGCAGAUCCCAUCUCUGCGAAAUCUCCAUGAGGAAUCUACAAGGAACAGCACUCUUCUAGUGUGUUCUGUGAAUGCAAAUAGUUUGGCCAUCUCUGAUCAGGUACUGAGUCCCCCUGAAAGUGGAAGGCCAGAUGCUUCUAUAGAGGAAUCUGCCAAUCAUUUCAAAAGGACAGCACUGGCAAAAGAAGGCAUUGAAAUGGCACAAAGUGGAACUGCCACUUUUUCUUCAUCAAAACAAAAUGACUCCUCAGAGCCAAUUUCAACACAAAGUUCCCUUGCAGUCUGAUGCAUCACGUCUUCCUUUCUGAGAAACAGCAGUACUAUGAAAUACUGAAGGCAGACUUCUCGGAGAACAAUUCAAGAUACUAAUAUAAAGACUUCAGCAACUGGAACCUUUUUCAUAUUGAGAAGUAGCCAGAAGGUACAGAUCUAGAAAGGCAGAUGAGAUGGCCUUCAAGAAAACAGAUAUCCUGUUACAAUUGGCUUGUGAGAGAUGAACAAUUUUGAUACAGAAUAUCUUCUGGGGAAUGGCUGAAUUCCUGAUUUUAUGCUAGCCGUUUGAGGGGUAUUGAAAGAGGCAGAGGGGGUGUAGCCACUUUGAGGGCCAAGGUGGAAUAACUACCUAUGAUGAUUUUUAUCCAGCUCUGCCUCCCCUUGUUCAGAGUCACCCUGUCUUCCUUCCUGCACUCUUCACAUGAGUAAUCAUCUCCUACUGCCUGGCCCUACCCCAUCAUCCACCCUGUCACAACAGCAGAUGGGUGGCUGUAGAGACUGAGAGAGGACUUUGGCAUGGAGAUCAUAGCAGCUCUUGCUGAAGAAGUAGCCAAUAGGCAAUAGCAGCUGGACAGUGAGAAUGAGCCUAUUCACCUGCUGAGGCAGGGGUGGGCAAACUUUUUGGCCUGAGGGCCACAUCAGGUUUCGGAAAUUGUAUGGAGGGCCAGUUAGGGGAGGCACAGAGCACCAGUGGCUGACAACGCUACAGCCAUGCCGCCCAGAGCGUUGUCCAGUUGCCCAGAGCGUUGCGCUGGUGUAGUGUAGUAAAUUGCUCUCCGUAACUGCUACCAGUAGCACAUUCCUACGCAGAGCAGUUUAAUACACUACACCUGCAGCAUGGCACGCUGAGGCUGCAGGGGAGGAGCCAGGGGUGAGCCUUCUGGGCCAGGAGCUCAGGGGCUGGGCAGGAGGGUCCCACAGGCCGGAUGUGGCCCGCAGGCCAUAGUUUGCCCACCUCUGUGCUGAGGAGAGGCUAGUUGAAGGGGCAAGGACCAUUUUGAAGAGGACGUGAGAGAGGGCAUUAGACCAAAGAGGGGGAUGGGUUUGGAGGGAUCAGAUGGGCAAGGCAGCCAGGAUGAAUAAUCAUCCUUUGCGUAACAUGACAGGUCUUCGAGAUAUCACAAGUCUGUUUUCAAUAUGCACAUUUCAAACUGCUUUAAAGAAAAUAACUUGUUUCUCAAAACUACAGCUACAAAUUGCCAAAAUUCCAGUUAGAAACGUUUACCUUAGGUAGCCGCUUUUUCCAAACCCACUUUUUGGAAGAAAAUGGAUGAAGUUCUCUGUACUUGUAUUUUGAACUAUUUCUCAUUUUCUCAAAUGACUUGUUUUAUUUCUAUAAAAAAGUGAUUUUUUUUUCCUAAUUUGUUUUUGAUAUUGAAACAUUUUAAUGAACUCUCAAUUAGUGUGGUGGUCUCUAAAUUACAGUUUUCCUUUUUAAGAUAAAUCUUCAUUUUGAAAAUGUACAUCUACCUAUAUUUUUCACAGGGAAAGGGGCAUAUUUGAAAUUCACUAUAUAUAGACAAAAUAUAUUUUAUUUAUACAGCGGAGUUUUGCUGAUUAUUUAAUUUUUAUUUGUGUGAGUUGAAGUGAAUUAUUCUAAAGGAAUAUGGUCAUCCAAUAAAUUCAGUUUUUUU